GUCGUAUUACAUUGAUUACAAUUUAUCAUGUUUUCAACGUUAUGUGUCGUGUAAGAGCUGUCUAUUUGGACAUUAUUGAAAGAGAUUUCCAACAAAUCAAUAUUACUUCAAGGCGCCAAGAAACACUUGGGGCAAUCAUGAAGCUGCUUCUCUGCUUGGCGUCCCUGCUGUGGACGGCGUCCGCCUACAGGAUCCUGGUGAUGACUCCUCUCCCCUCCAAGAGCCAUCAUCACCUCGGCAAGGGCAUCGUCAGGUCGCUGCUGAAAGCUAAUCAUGAGGUAACGUGGGUAUCGCCGUUCCCUGAAAAACAGUCAGUGAAGGGUUUGACGAUCGUGGAUGUUAGCUCUAUCCUCGAUGAAGUCAGUUCUCUGGAUGUAAGCGGCAACGGCUGGUCGGAGGUAAAGGAGCUGACGCGCAACAUCUCGUUGGCCAACCUGCAUCACCCCGCGGUCCGCGAGCUGAUCACCCAUCAGCAGUUCGAUGCCAUCGUCAAUGAGUGGUUCAUGAACGAUAUAGAGGCUGGUUUCGCAGCAGUCCAACAAGCACCCUGGAUAAUCCUCAGCAGCAUCGUGAUGCACCCGCACCUAGAGGGGCAGGUGGACAGCGUCAAGUCCGUCUCCACCAUCCCCAUGGUGGUUACUCGGUACAGCGUGCCCAUGACCUUCUCCGAGAGAUUCCUUAACACCAUGAUUUAUUGGGUCAUGAUGCUCGAUUACUGGAAAGACAGUUACGACAGAGAGGCUCUCUAUAAGAAAGAAUUCGGUCCGCUAGCCGAAGCGAGGGGGGUGGAACUGCCCCCUCUGUCGGCGGCGAUUCGCAACGUCUCCAUAAUGCUGGUCAAUUCUCACCCUUCCAUUGCGCACACACAGAGUCUGCCGCCUAACGUUGUGGAUGUCGGAGGAUUUCAUAUAGACGAGGACGUACCUCCGUUGCCUAAGGAUCUACAAAGCAUUCUCGAUUCUUCGAAACAAGGCGCCAUAUUGUUCAGCAUGGGAUCUAUACUAAAAAUGUCAACUCUAUCAAAAUCGACAAAGGAAUACUUGAUCAAUUUGUUUAGCAAAUUACCCUACACUAUCAUCUGGAAAUCCGACGAAGAAAUGAAAAAUCUACCUAAAAAUGUUUACGUUAGAAAUUGGUUGCCACAAAACAGCAUACUCGCUCACCCGAACGUCAAAAUCUUUAUAUCUCACUGCGGACUGCUUAGUACCCUGGAAGCUCUGUACUUCGGAGUACCGAUGCUGGCCAUCCCGGUGUUCGGAGACCAGCCGCGGAACGCUGAGGACGCCGUCAGCCAGGGUCGGGCGUUGAGGGUGGACCUGGCACCAGACAUGGCGCCGAAGGUAGAGGAGGCGCUAAGGGAAAUGAUUAGGAACGAUUCAUAUUACAAGACGACUCAGCACCUGUCGAGGUUGUUUAAGGCGCGGCCCGUGAGUCCCUCCAGGGCGGUGUCCUUCUACAUUGAACUGGCUAUCGAGAGCAGAGGAGCCUUCCACUUGAGAUCCAAGGCGUUGCUGUACUCGUGGUAUGAGAUCCAAAACUUGGAUGUGAUGGCUGCCGUCCUCCUCAUUUUAGUCGUAUUAUACUUGAUCUUAAGAACAGUUUUAAGGCUUAUCUGUAGGUGUUUCAGAAAAUCAAAUGUUAAUUUAGAUAAAAAGAAGAAAUAAUUAUAAAUUAUUGCUAA